AUGUCUAGAUAAUAUCAAAACGAAUUAUCUAAGUCCGUCAAUCAAGAUUACAUUCUUGAUUAAUAUAAAGACUCCUUUCGCUAUUAAACAAUCGAACCUUCAGAAAAAUACUCUAAAAGGCACAAAAUAUCUCCAAUCAUUCGAAAAUAAGUUUAAUAAACUCGAUAAAUUCCAAUCAACUUAGAUGUUUAUCUUGAUUCUCUCACUACUGCAAAAUCUUUAAUGAAUUAAAAAGUUCCAACAAAUGUAUAUUAAACUCUUAAAAAUAACUCAGAUGAAUAAAAAUAAAUGGGAAUAAUGGGUAUGAUUUUAAUCUAUAAUUUAGACUAAUUUUAUUCUUAUCGUAAAUAAAAUAUAUAGAGAUCAAUAAUUAAGCCUUCAACAAUUUUCAGAAAUAAACUACCACAAGAAAAUUUUGAAUAAAACACUGAAAAUUUACUAUUCUCAUCUUCUAAAUAAAACUAGAGAAUAAAAUCCGUUCCUUUCAAAAUUUAUUAUUAAACAUAAAAUGAUAGAAUUAAAUAAAAAACAUGUAAGAAAGAAAAAAUUUUAUUUGUAAAUAAAUUUAGAAGUAUAACAAAAGUUAUAGGAAGAUUCCUUUUAUUAUAUUUUAGAUUUGCACUUAGAAUAUGCUUUGACUUUUAAACAUAAAGAGCAAAAAUUCAUAACUUUAAUAAUUUAAAAAAGGCAUUUAAAAUUGAAAGAAAAUUCAAUGAUUAAUAUUUUGAAAAAAUUUAAUAGUGGUCGACUGCGGCAUUUAAAAAAAUAGUUUUUUAUAUGUAAAAAAAUUAUGAAAAUAAAAAAAAUGAUGAAUUAAUUGAUGAUAAUAAAAUAUUAGAUUAAAAUUAACUUUGGUGUUUGAAUUAUGCCAAGUUUCUUUUUUAAAAUAUAGAAUUAAUAACAAGAGAAGGAAAUAUUCCAAAAGAAAUUGUUUAAGAAGUAUCAAAAGCUACACUAAUAACUAAGUAAACAUAUAAACCAUUAUUUCUUGCAAAAAGGAUAAAGUUUUAAAAUUCACCUCUUUCUAAAUCAGAAUAUCAACUUAUUGCUAGUGAAUUUAUAUUUUUCAACAUAAUUAUCAAAUAAUUGUUUGAUUAAGCAAAUUAAUUAAAAUAUUAAUCUCUAAAACACAAUCUUGAUUAUAAAAUUAAAGUUAUAGAAUUAGCCAGCAUUAUUCAUAGCUAUUUUAUAAAAUACUUUAUAAAUAUGCCUUAAAGAGAAGAUGUUAGAGACUAAUUGAUUUAUUAAAGAAAACUUUAUAUUUCUUCAGAUAAAAAUUAAAAUUUAAUUCUGAUUGAUACAAAGGAUAUUAAUUAAUCAGAGAACAUAGUUAUAGGAUUAAAAUCUGAAGAGUAUGUUAAAAGUUUAUUAAAAAAUAAUGAUAUUUGUUCAAAAAAGUUGGGGAAGCUAUUUGAUAAAACCAUCCAAAAUAUUUAUUCUUAAAUUGAAAUUUGUGAUAUUUUAGAAUGA